CGCCCUGUCCUGCUCAGACCCGCAGACAACUUGGAAACUGGUGGAAGAUGCAUUGUCUUGACUUCCUGGCCGGAUGGUUUGCGGGUGGACUUGCUACUGCUAUAGGAUAUCCCUUGGAUACAAUCAAGGUGAGAAUUCAGACCCAGCAAGUGUACACUGGUAUAUGGCACUGUAUUAAAUCAACCUACCAGAGAGAAAAGAUUCAUGGAUUUUACAAAGGAAUGGCGUUGCCUAUUCUGUCUGUGUCCCUGUGCAGCUCGGUUUGUUUUGGUACAUACAGAAAUUGCCUUCAUUAUUUAUGCACAUUGCCACACGGGAGCUCAGAGGUGAAACCAUCCAGAUUUGAUGUUUUUGUUGCCGGCUGUUCUGCAGGAACCGCUGAGGCUAUGGUGUUCGCUCCCAUCGACCUGAUCAAGAUAAGGCAGCAGAACCAAACUCAUCCUCAUAACACUUACUACGGUCCUGCAACAGUUGGUCUGUUAUCAAAGGCCAAAUACAGAGGUCCAAUUCACUGCAUGAUGACAGUACUAAAUGAGGAAGGGAUUUGUGGUCUUUAUCGAGGUAUUACUGCUCUGUGGCUAAGGGACAUUCCCUGUUUUGGAUUAUACUUUCUGUCUUACUCCAUUUUUACUGAAUGGUUGACUCCACAAGGACAAGACUCCAGAGGUUGGUCAAGCAAGUUGCUGGCUGGCGGGUGGGCGGGAGUGACCUACUGGGUAUUGGCGACCCCAAUGGAUGUCAUGAAGUCUCGCAUGCAGAUGGAUGGCAUGGGCCAACGGAGAUACACUGGAGUAUUGAACUGUAUUACCAAAAGCUUCAAGCGUGAGGGGAUUAGAGUUUUCUUCAAGGGCCUGACCUUGAACUGCUUGCGUGCAUUUCCAGUGAAUGGAGUGACUUUUGUAACUUAUGAAACUAUACUGGAACUCCUCAAAAAAACUACCUUAAAGGAAUGAAGAAAAUAAGCAUCCAGAGGAUGUUAGUCCAGAGGAUUCUCCCAAGGCAAUUUCCUUGUGUUUCUUUACUGUACCGUGCGUGGAGAGGCCUGAAUGUGAAUGAGAUUUUUUAAAUGUGGAUCAGAACAUCUGUUUUGUCCAGAUCUUGUGUCUUUCAGGAACUUUUAGCUCACUAUCCUGGGAACCUUAUUUCCUCAAGGGAUGAGAAGGGAAUGCUGUAAAUGUUUUUUUUUAAUAUGAUUUGAAAUGCUUGUUUUUAUUGAACUAUUAUCACUAAGAAAUGGAGCAUAAAAAAAACUAACA